UUUACAUACAAAACUUAAACUCAGCAACGUAAACGAAUAAUAACAGUUACCAACGCACAACGCUACGACAACGGAACAAAAUCGAUAGAACAACCCUAGUAUUAUAAAAGAGGGGUGAGGUUAAGAUGUCGCAACCCCAUUCUUAAUACCAUUGCAAUAUCAACCUUAUGAACAAUGUAAUAAGUUACAGAAUACUAUGUAAACAUAGAAUUAACUUUACAUAACUAUAUCUAGGUUGUAGGCCAUGAAAUAAUCAGUAACUUUCAUAAAAACGAUGGGAACAGACGCGUUUUAGGCCGAACGCGUCGCCUCAACCAAGCAAGCUAGCAACAAAAAAAAAAGAUUAAAAAAAAUGUGCCUCAUAACGAUUCGCGCGAAAAUAAUUUGACGUUUUAAUUUUUUUCGUGUGUAAAAAGAUUUUCUUGUGGAAAAUGGAGACGUCUCGUAUGUUUUGUGUGCUAUAGUAAUGUCCGCGUGUGAUUCUUUGGUGAAAAAUAUUGUGGUGAUUAAGAAUUAAUGAUUAUAAGUCUGUGGGAUCGUGGAUGGACCAUUUGAUGGUGGUGUGGACAUCGUCAAGGGCUGACGAUGAGGCAGGAUGUGGUCAGAGUGGUGGUGUGUCAUGCUAACGCUGAAUACUGUGGUGGCUCUCUCUCCGGUGGUUAAAAUAGGCGCGGUGUUCACGGAAGACGCAAGAGGUGGUAGCACGGAGCUGGCCUUCAAGUACGCUGUCUACAGGAUCAAUAAAGAAAGGACUCUUCUGCCGAACAGCACGCUGGUGUACGAUAUUCAGUACACACCUUCACGGGAUAGCUUCAAGACUUUCAAGAAAGCGUGUGCUCAAAUCCAGUCGGGUGCAGUGGCCAUUUUCAGUGGCGUGGGUCCACUGCUGGGCAACACGUUAGACCACAUGAGUAUCAGUCUGCAUGCUCCACACCUAACUGUUGGACCUUUUACUCCUGAGAAUUUGAACCAUACAUUCACAAUAAACCUGUACCCACCAAGGGACCUCCUAACGAAGGCGUUUGCCGAGUUCCUCUCAUAUCUAAACUGGACGAGGAUGGGAGUCAUCUACGAAGAUUAUGGAUAUGGUGAACUAAAUAUCUUAGAUAUAGCAAAAGACGGCAGAGACAUGUAUACAGUAAGGUGUCGGGAUGCGAAGGAAUAUAGACGAGGACUAGCGUUGUUGAAGGCGCAAGAUAUUGAUCAUAUUGUGGUCGAUACAGACCCGAAGAGGGUGAGGCAGCUAGCGAGGGCUAUUCUUCAGCUGCAAAUGAAUAAUGAGAAUUAUCAUUACGUCUUCACUUCGUUUGACUUCGAGCUUUUUGACAUGGAAGACUUUUAUUACAACCGUGUCAACAUGAGCGGCUGGAGGCUGGUAGACAGAGACUCUGAUAAAGUCAAGGAGUCUCUCCAAGUCAUGGAGAAGUUCCAUCCUAUUGGAGCUUCCAUCAUCAGUGGGGGACAUAUUAAGACGGAACCAGCUCUCCUGUACGACGCUGUUCAGAUCCUGUGCCAGGCUCUCGCCAUCACUGAAGACUUCCACCCAGGAAACGUGUCCUGUGAUAAAGAUAUACCUUGGAACCACGGGAAAACUAUUUAUGAUAAUAUUAAUAAUAUCCAAGCGCACGGCCUAACAGGACCAAUAGAAUUCAAGAAUGGAGUGCGAACGAAUUUCCACCUCCAGCUCAUGAGGCUAACUGGUGGGGAGAAGGGGGGGAUGGUGGUCUCUGGACAUUGGACCCCGGGGGAGGGGCUGGCCAUUACAGACCCCGCCGCGUACACUAGGGACCCGCCACCGAAUGUUACUUUGACUGUGGUUACUGUUGAAGAAAAGCCCUACGUGAUGGUGAAAGAAGGCUGGAACUUGCAAGGGAACGCUCGAUUCGAAGGUUUCUGCAUAGACCUUCUCGCCAGGGUCGCUGCAAGAGCUGGUUUCCACUACCGUCUUCGGCUGGUUCCUGACAAUAUGUAUGGAGCUAGAGACCCUGAUACUGGACACUGGAAUGGCAUUGUUAGGGAGCUCAUGGAUAGGAAAGCUGAUAUAGCAGUGGCGUCGAUGACAAUAAACUACGCGAGGGAAGCUGUCAUAGAUUUCACGAAGCCUUUCAUGAAUCUUGGAAUCGGAAUAUUGUUUAAGGUCCCCACCUCCCAACCGACUCGUCUCUUCAGCUUCCUGAACCCUCUUGCUAUAGAGAUCUGGCUGUAUGUCCUCGCUGCGUAUAUUCUCGUGUCAUUUACGCUGUUUGUCAUGGCGCGGUUUUCACCAUAUGAAUGGUCUACCAGCACCCACGUUUGCGGUCAUGAGACGAAACUCCUGACGAACCAGUUCAACGUCUGCAACUCCUUCUGGUUCAUCACUGGCACCUUCCUGAGGCAAGGGUCUGGGCUGAACCCGAAGGCGACCUCCACCCGCAUAGUAGGUGGGAUAUGGUGGUUCUUCACCCUGAUCAUCCUGUCUUCGUACACUGCCAACCUGGCCGCCUUCCUCACUGUAGAGCGGACAGUACUGCCCAUACAGAGCGCUGCUGACCUCGCCGCGCAGACCAGUAUACAAUAUGGAACCCUUAACGGAGGAUCCACUAUGUCAUUUUUUAGGGACUCCAACAUAGAUAUAUACCAGAAGAUGUGGCUACAUAUGUCGAGUGCGUCCCCCCCAGCGCUAGUGUCCUCAUAUGAGGAGGGAGUCAGGAGGGUCCUCGCAGGAAACUAUGCAUUCCUCAUGGAGUCCACCAUGUUGGACCAUAGAGUCCAGAGGGAUUGUAAUCUGACGCAAAUUGGGGGACUGUUAGAUUCUAAGGGUUACGGCAUAGCAACCUGGAAAGGCAGUCCAUGGAGAGACAAGAUCUCACUAGCUAUCCUGGAACUACAGGAGAAAGGAGUAAUCCAAAUAUUGUAUGACAAAUGGUGGAAGAAUACGGGAGAUGUCUGCAAUAGAGACGGAAAAGACAGCAAGGCUAAUCCUUUAGGAGUACAGAACAUUGGUGGAGUAUUCGUUACUCUACUCUGUGGCUUGGCUCUGGCGAUAGUAGUCGCGAUACUCGAGUUCUGCUGGAACACGAAGAAGAACGCAAGCCAGGGGAGACAGUCACUGUGCAGUGAGAUGGGACAGGAGCUACGGACAGCGAUGCGAGGUGGUUCCUCCAGUAGAACAGUGCUUCGACCUGGAUGUUCCAGGUGCUCGCCAGCCACACAUGUGCCUCCAUCUUCUUCUAGAUACCAGUCCCGCAGUAGCAGCGUGGAGUUGAAGGAGCUCCGUUGGUCGUAGCGGCGCGGCGGGCGCGGGCCUGCCUCCGCGCCCGCCUCGCCCGCGCGACAUAUUCCGCCGCCACCGUUACACUGUAAUUCAGUCGGUUCUUUAAGAAGAACGACAUCCUACGUGCUGAAGGAGCCUUGCGAGAAGAAACAUGUUCAAAUUAUCGCAUAACCUUCAAAACAGGUUUACAAAACGAGUGUGUAAACUAAAUAAACUAAAAAAAGGCCUACAAAUGUAAAAUUAAAUGUAAAC